AUGGCUUCCCAAGAAGCAGCGGCUGCUGUAAAAGCAACCAAAGGAGCCAAUUUCAAAAUUGUAGAAGACUUGGAGGCUUGUAAAGCCUUCCUUCGUGCCAGUGAAGAUGGGGAGGUUGGCACCUACAUGAAGAGCGCAGACUUCAAGAAGAAGGUCCAUGUUAUUUACUGUAAGCUUAUCAAGGAUCACAAUGCCAUAAUGGGUACUCACUUUACCACCAGAACGGCUAAAUCUGUCUUUAAUCGGUUCAAAAGGCUGUCAAGAUUGGUGUUGAAAUUCUCGGGUAUCGAGGCCACUCAACCACAACUUUCGGGCGACACAGGAGGUGAGGAGUACAAGAAACUGUGCUUCAAGACAUUCUGUACUCGGUACAAGCAAGAUGCUUCUAUUGUGGAGAAUGUCUAUCAAUGCAAGCAGAUUCUGGAUGGCCACCAGAAAUGGACAGUUUGGGAACGUCGCAAACAAGGCCUUGACGAUGAGGGCAAUCCAAUUGAGAAAGAAAAGAAGGAGCGGCCUACUGGGACCAAGAGGUCCAAGCAACUUGCAAAAGAUCGUGCCUUGCUUGAGCAGCUGGUUGGUACCAGCGAGAAGACCAAGGAGGAAGAGAGCGAUAAGAAAGCCAAAGCGAAAGAUGACAUGUUCAAGGCAGUUGGUGCUUCCAUGCAACAAGUCGGCACUUCCAUGGAUAAAAUGGUCUCCACCAUGUCCGAUGCCAUGAAAGAGCAGAAUGACUUAAAGUUUAUGGAAAUGCUAUCACCAAACUCUCGUCAAGCUUACGUGAAAGAGAAGUUUAAGUUGAAGAUGCUGGAAAUGAAGAAUCAGCGAAACGCGCUCGCAAAGGAAACUCCUCGCCAAACACUUCAAUCACCCAAGAAGAAGCAGGGUAUCCCCGACAACGCUACCAUCAUUGCAUUGGAUGAUGACAAAGGAGAUGACAAAGAGGAUGGCAGCGAAUAUGACGAAGAGUCGGCAUCUGGAUUGCCCGAUGACAGCCCUGGCGACAGCCGUCCUAAAACCAAUUGCUUUGCCAAGCGCAGGGUCAAUGAGUACUGUACUCAAGAUUCUGAUCAAGACUGCGAUAAUGCUACUGGAAAAAGGAAGUUUGUUGACGAAUAUGGUCAUGUGCUGAACUCUCAUUACCGCUCUUAUUCAGAGAGAGGUGGUAUCACCAAUCAGAAGCAACGCUCACCGAAAGUACAUGGCGGAAGAGGGCGACUCUUCAGACAGCAAUUGACAUGA